AUGUCAACGCGUCAGAAGUCCUUCUUUGAUCAGGAUCCGAAGGCUAAGUUCAAAGGCCAAUGGCGUCCACGCAACGCACCACCAUUCCCCCACCCCAGCAAUAACCACGCUGCCCCUCCUCCCAGACGCGUUGUUACCGGUCCGCCUAUCAUGCCGUCAACUCAAACUCGCACAAAGCUCAAGGCUUUCCAGUUCAUCGAGGGCGCGCCUACCGUGGAAACUACGAAGGAGCGCGAGGCUGAGAAAGAGAACAGCGCUGUAGCAGUAGGGAGAGCUUCAGCCAAGGACGGAAUGUCAAGAGCUUUACAGACCGGGAAAGACAAUGGGAAAGCUACCACCACACCAAAGCCCGCUACCUCAAAAUCUUGCCCGCCACCAUCCACACCAGCCAUGAAGAGGCUCCCGCUUGCAGAUCUGGUCGGCAACAUCGACGAUUCCUCGAGACACGCGCCACAACCUGUCGUUUCACCGGAAGAACAGCUCAUUUGGCGCGGUUCACAGCCGAUGAACACUCCAUUACCUCGGAAGAAUAAGAAGCGUGCCCGAAGCUCUUCGCCUGUUGGACCGUCACAGGAUGACCACGUAUACGACGCUGUCAAGAAAGACCUCACAACGCCUCAGGCUGAUCCAGCUAUGGAACUGUGGAGUCGUUAUACCAGCAACAAAGGAACGCCGAGUGCGAACAAGAGUGUGGCCUUUGCGCAUUUGAUAAAUGAAUCGUCGCCACGAUCCGCUGUUGCUGCAGGCAGUGUUAGCGGACUACGAAGAUGGGCAAGCUGUGGUCACGAAUUCCCAGCCUCGAAUAGAAAGCGAAGGAGAACUCAUGGCGUAUUCCAAGGCGAGACGGACCGUACUGAAGACGUAUUUUCUGCCGCCCCGAGCUCGGAUGGUGUCAUGGUUGGCCAGCCGCCAAAGUCGAACAUUGCUAGCAUGGACACAGAGAUCUCAGAAACCAUGCAAGGACAAGAUGCGGUCGCCGAAGAGGAUGCGCAAAUGGAAGAGGCAGACCCUGCGAGGUCUUUCGGCUCUUCUGACGAUUUUGGAGACGAUGACUUUGACGACAUGGUGGACGCCUUGGACAUAUCACCUCAGACGAGCGUGGAGCAACUAGUCCAACCAGUCCAACAUAUCAGCCAUGUCACAACACCCACCGAACCGGUACGACCACCCGCCCAAGAGCAGCCACAUGUAGCUGUGCAAGCAAUAAAUGCAGACAGCGAUGAUGAAUUCGGCAUGGAUGAGGACGAAGAUGGAUUUGCUGCGGAUCUAGAGCAGGUUGCGUCUUUGUACGACACCAGGCCAAUUGUGUCUCCGUCUCAGAAAACAGCGAGUGGUGUGGCGGAUACCAAAAGUCACACAGCCACCAGAAUGUCGGCGCCAACUACGCCAAUCAUAGACUUGGUAGAAGACGACGAUGAUGAUGAUGACGAGUUUGGUGAUGAAAUAGAUGCAGAUGUGUUUGCUGCAGCUGAAGUGGCGGCUACACAACCAUCAGCUAACAACGUUCUUCUUGUCGAAGAGGAGAAGACGAAGCUGUUCAAGGCUAUCACACUGCGCCAAGCUUGGUUCGACACGCCAUGCACACCCAGCUCGUUCGUGCAUAUCAUCGGGGAGUUCUCGUCCACAGGCCAAUGUAUCGUCGAUGAUCACAACAAUAUGAUCAUUCUGCACCCAGAUCAUCUGAUUUCUGCAACGGUUGUUGCCGAUUCCUUCGGGUGUCUCCGACGGGCGGUGCUGCAAGAUCGCGUAAAGGCAACCAGCAAGGCAAAUGCCCCGAUGCUGUAUGGCACUCUUCUCCACGAGCUAUUCCAGGAAGCUCUGAAGGUCAAUCGUUGGGACUCGGACUUCCUUCUUGAGACCAUUGACAAGCUCCUGCCCACAAAAUUCGAGACUAUACUCGAGAUCGUCUCGACUUGUGAGGCAGUUAAGGAGCAUCUAAGCAGCAAACUACCUGAACUGCAAGCGUGGGCAGAGAUCUUCGUUCGCGCCGAACCGCGCGCCGAUGCUAUUGUUCGUGAACGAAAUGGGCGCCAGUCAACCAUGAGCAUCAACAAAUUGCUUGAUGUCGAGGAGCACGUCUGGUCGCCCAUUACUUAUUUUCCAUUGAUUGAUGCCGUGCUAACGGGAGUAGAUGUCGAUAUCGCGUAUGGUGUGCUUUAUUAUCUCGAAACUUCUGACAUCAGCCGCAUACCUGCCAUCCGUAAUGAUAUCAUACAUAUGAUUAUCAAGCGAAACGAGCUUGCCUGCUACGUCCGCGACCGCAUCGAGUUACCGCCGAUACUCAAAGAAGACUUCAAAUGCCAGAAGUGCUAUGCUCAAGAGCCGUGCUUUCUGUACGACAACUUAGUUGAAGGUGGCAAAGGUGAGCAGUUGAACAAGAAAGCAAAGGAGCGGUAUGACGAGCUUGUCAAACCUCUCAAGCCAUCUCAUCAAGAGUUCAUGAAGAAGUGGGAUACGCUUCUGACCAAAGAAGAGACGGAUAUGAUGAAAUUCAGGCGAGAACUUUGGACUAUGCUCAGUACUGAACGUGAGAAGCUAGGUCGCUGCUUCUCUAAUGUCAUUCUCGAGCCUGGAUCUGGAUACGAAGAGAAGGCUGGCCAGAAGAUCAAUCGCUACAGCUACACGUUCGUCAAACAACAAGCAAAGCCAGGCUUUUCUUUUACCGAAUCUCAGCUCAUCAUAGGAGAGCCUGUGGUUGUGUCGGAUGAGCAAGGUCAUUUCGCUCUUGCGAACGGAUACGUGACGAACGUUAGAAAGCGUCGCAUCACCGUUGCCGUUGACCGGCGAUUACACAACUCCCGCACCAAGCUUCCUGGAUUCCAUUCGCAAACCAACCAGACCUUCACCGGCAUCAUGGAGGUAGGCAAGGAAGGCGAGCCUGUCCCGGAGUACGAAGCCAACGAAGAGCCUGUGCUGUACCGACUGGACAAGGACGAGUUCAGCAACGGAAUGGCUGCUGCACGCAAUAAUCUCAUCCAGAUCAUGGACGAUAGCGUCUUCAAAGUCUCCAUGAACUCGGACCAGAAAGCGGCGAUCACAAAAGUCAUGUCCGCAAAAGACUGUGCUCUGGUCCUUGGUAUGCCUGGAACGGGCAAGACGACUACCAUCGCUCACAUCAUCCGGACUCUUGUCGCAAAAGGGAAAAGUGUGCUGUUAACCUCAUACACACAUACUGCGGUUGACAACAUCUUACUCAAAAUCAAAAGCGACAAGAUUGGCAUUUUGCGCCUGGGAGCAUCAGCAAAGAUUCAUCCCGAUGUUCGUGAAUUCGCAACGUUAGCAGCGGAGCCAAAGGACAGUCUCGAAGCGCUCGAAAAGUCCUGGAUGGAGCCGCCCGUUGUUGCUACCACCUGCUUGACGAUCAAUCAUCCUCUGUUCAAUCGCCGAAUCUUCGACUAUUGUAUCGUAGACGAGGCUUCGCAGAUUACAUUGCCAGUCUGCCUCGGUCCAAUUCGCAUGUCUAGAAAGUUCAUUCUAGUUGGUGACCACUACCAGCUGCCGCCUUUGGUACAAAACAAGGAGGCUAUGGAGGGUGGUUUGGAUGUAUCGCUCUUCAAGAUGCUUUGCGAAGCGCAUCCACAAGCUGUGGUCAGUCUUGAGCAUCAGUACCGCAUGUGUGCAGAUAUCAUGCUCUUGUCCAACACUUUCAUCUACUCUGGUCGUCUCAAAUGCGUCUUCAUCAACACCGACCUUAUCUCCCAAAGCCUAGAAGAUCAAUCUGGUUCGCGCAUAACCAACACUCUCGAGGCCCGACUCGUCACUCAGCUCACGGUCUCACUCCUUAGUCUCGGUGUCUCCGCCAAUGAAGUUGGCAUCAUCGCCUUCUACCGAUCGCAGCUCGCUCUUCUCCGCACAAGCCUGUCUUCUGCACAUACGCAAACACAGGCAUCUGAGCUCGCAGCCCCAGCAGUCGGUCCAGGCUGCGCAGGUGUCGAAUUGCACACUGCGGACAAAUUCCAGGGCAGAGAUAAAGAAGUCGUCAUCGUUUCUUGUGUACGCAGCAAUGAGAACAGCAUCGUAGGCGACUUGCUCAAAGACCGACGACGCGUCAAUGUCGCUCUCACUCGCGCGCGAUCUAAACUCAUCAUUCUUGGAAGCGAGAAGACACUUUCCAACAACGAAUUGCUGCGCGACAUGAUCGCCCUUUGCCGAGAGAAAGAUUGGGUACAUGACCUCCAGCCCGACGCUGUGGACAGCCACACGUUUGACGAAGGCGUCACGCAGACUGGCAAAACGCCGACGAGGCCAAUGAACAUGUCAAAUAAGUCCAUGAGUCCCCAUGAGAGUCCAAGUAAGAGGAGGAAGGUCAUGGGGGAGGUCACUGCUAAUGCCAGGAGUCCGAAGAAGAGGAUUGGUAGCAGUGCGAAGGUGCCUGGAAAAGUUAUCACGGCGGGCAAAAGAGGCGUUUUGGAUGGAAGACCGCUACUGAGGGAUAUUUACAAUGGGGCUAUGUAGAAUUUUGGGUAUGGAACUGGACGGGGGUCGUUGUUUAUGAAGUAUGACGCAGCGCUAGGAUAGCACAUUAUUUAGGAUACAAUACCGUUGGAUAAACGAA